UCCCAAGUCAUACAUCAACGGUAAGUUUAAAUUGUUUCCCUUCCCAUGUUCGAUCUCCUGACAGGCUUCAACUUUGUCAGAACCGCCAGACAGGACAUUCACAGUCCUUCGAUCUGCGCAUGUCCUGCAACUUUCCUUCGACAAUCAGCACAAAGGCUGUUUUUGUUCGCGUGUUAAGACAAAAAAAAUCCUUUAGUACCUUCUGCAUCUCAAAAAUAUAACAAAUAAAUGGCUCCAAUUACUGUGAGUACAACGCGCGAGUCUUUCGGUAUAAAAUGAGUUGUGCGCGUAUGGUGUCGUUUGAUCGUAUCAUCGCCUAAUGUGAUUCCUGUGUCCCCGAGAGUGAGGAGUGUUUUUGAUUGCAGUACACAAUUGCGCCUCAAUAGAGGGGGAGAAGAGCGAGAGAAAAAAAAAAACUCCACAACCAUGAAUCCAACCACGAUUCCCAACCACGACUUUAUGGAGUUGCAUCCGGUGCAUCAACAUCCGGCAGGCUGCAAACAGCACUGCUUUGUAUUUACCGAAAUCGCCGACAUUGAGCUGCCGCCGGAGAUCACCAAAUAUCCGGAAAAGAUCAAGAAUGGCAGCAUCCAUUCGUACACGAAGGAAAGCAUCUCUCCGCCACCGCCAAAGCUGGCCAAGGAUCGACGGAGUCGUAAAAUAAUUGCCCUGGUGUCGGGGCUGCUGGUGUGCGUAGCGCUGGCAGCUGGUAUACCGCUCGGGUUGCAGUUACGGUCUUCCUCACUGCUGGAAGCCCGGUUGGCAUUUAUAAGGCGUUUGCUGGUGGAGUCACCACUGGUUGAAGGCUACUGGGCGCCCCCGAUGGGAGCGAAUUUUAGUAAAAGCUUCGCAGAAGUAAAGAGCGGCAUGGUUGGGGCGUUGCUGUGGCCCAUCGCCGUACCGUGUGCGGCACAGUAUCUGGACGCAGUGCAGCUGACGCUGGAAGGGUUGGACGAUGCGAGAAGGCUUGUGGGCAAGAAUCGAGAUAUGGCUGUGGUCGAGAAUGCGGACGAAAUGGAGCAGGCCCACACGGAGGGCAAGUUGGCGAUUCUGUUCGGGCUUGAGGGAGGUCACACGUUGGGCUCGAGUUUGGCAGUGCUCCGGUCGAUGUACUCGCUUGGAGCGAGGUUUGUGUCGCUGACUGGCGUGGGCUGCACAACGCCGUGGGCUAGCGCCUCCAUACGGAACGAUUUCUUCGACGAAAACCUUCCAUCCACUUUGACCAACUUUGGGGAGGUCGUGAUCCAGGAAAUGAACCGCUUGGGAAUGUUGGUAGAAAUAUCGCGACUCUCGGAACCCGCAAUGAUGGUAGCGCUGAACGUUGCCAAAGCACCACUGCUACUCUCCAACGCACUGCCCUCGUCGAUGGCAUGCAACGGAACGACGGCCGCCGUACCGGAUCACAUCUUGAGCGCCCUGUCACAGAAUGGCGGCGUACUAAUGCUGAACGUCGAACGAUGUGGUGAUAAACCGAUGUCACUGAAGGAUGCCAUCACGGCGAUCAACUACAUCCGAGCGAUCGCCGGUGUGGACCACGUGGGUCUGAGCGGUUCGCCCAAAAACUAUCCACUCCUAUUGGCCGAACUGGCCCGCGAUCGGUUGUGGGGCUCGGUAGCGAUCAAGAAGCUGGUCGGGGGUAAUAUUGUGCGUGUGCUGCGUGAGGUCGAAACGAACAAGAAUCGUUUGCCACUGUCCGAGGAUUGGAUACCGCUGGAAGCGAUCGAAGGAAACGCGUACUGUCGGUAUCCAGAAACGUAAGCAUGUGUCAACGCUGGACUCUCGGGGCGCAGGGAAGAGCAAGUAUUAGCUUCCACAUUUGCACGUGUGUCACACCGGAGGGAGUCGCACACACACACACACACACACAAACAAAAAUCUUAUAUGAAAAGAAGAUAUACAUAAAAAUAGCAAAUAGCAGAGAACAUGUGGCGGCAAAGGAUGCGCGAACGCAGCCCUUAUCCGGUAUAGUCAAUAUGUUAUAGAGCGACACAGAAAUGGACAAGCUAUUAUCGCAUAUCAAUUCUUCAAGAUGAAAUUUAAUUUCAACUACCUUCAACUACUACAUCUAGACGGAAGAACAACAUUUCCUUUACCUUUUUCAUUGUUCUUGACUAUUGUUUCCAAGAUUGGAGUUAGGGGUACCAAGAAUAGCAGCGAUAAUUAAAAAAAACAACUGGGAAGGAUCUAGAAGCGAUCGCAUGACCUCAGCAUGUGUUGCAAUCAUUUUGUAGAUGAAAUGUAUGUAAAACUGUGUAGAUCGAACGCAUCGAAAGCACUUGUGUCUCAAAGGUCCUGCAGACGGCCCUUUUUUCCUUCCGUAGAGGAUGACGAUCGCUCUACAGUUCUAGCGAUUCAGGGGAGUGUUGGAACUGAGUCGGCAAUCAGCAGCAUCUUCUAUAGAACAACCGUUUAAUUAGCUUCGAUUAAUGAUAUUUAUGCGUUAUUAGAUUCCCGAGAGCUCGAGAGUUACUACUACUCUCCUCCACAGAAAAAUACAAAGAAAGACGAAUAAGCAGUUACUCUGUCCUACUGACAAAAAAACGACAAAAAUACAAAUAAUAAUAAAUGUUUUACCAAAACCAAA